CGCCACACGUGGUGAUCGUCCUGGUUCUUUUUAGCUGUUUGGAGCUUCACUGACGUCGAAAAGGGAGUUCACUGGGCUUGUUCUGACUUGUUAUGUCGAACAAACAUCAGUAACCACGAACUUUACGUGAUGAAGAGUGAAAAAGGACCAAAAUGUGACCCUACAUGCAGUGGUGCUUACCAUCAGAAGUGAGUCCCUCCUAAAUCCUAAUACUUAGUAUUUUGAUUUGGAUCAUAGGGCGUAACUACACAGACCGUUAUUACAAGAUCAUGAUUAGCCAAUACGAUUGAGCUGCUGAGUUGUUUGUACGUCGACGAUGUUUCCAAGAAAUUAGUUAUUCGCGCCGGGGAAAGGUCCACGCUAGCAAUAUGAGCUCACUUCCACUACGCGCCGACGUGGUUGUUGUUGGCGGUGGGAUCGGUGCCUUCUCAGCUCUGUAUCACUUGACUAAGCUAGGCAAGACAGAUGUGGUCCUGUUGCAUGACUCGGCGCUAUCUUGUCAGCAACAUGCGCCAGCUAGCAUACGUUUACUGUGGCCGGAUAGCUUGACUGCUCAACUAGUUGCUCGCACUCGGGAGCUGCUCUCAUCUGACGAUGGCCUGCAAGCGGAAAGCGGCGUCGAUGUUGGCUGGAACUCGAAUGGCUGUCUGUAUGUUGCCGGCAGUGAGGAUCGGAUGAGCGAGCUCAAGACCUGGGUGACGCUGGGUAAAUCCGUGGCAGCCGAGUGUACAGUUCUGUCUGAUGCAGAAGUCCAGGAUGCCUAUCCCCUGCUCACCAUGGAUGAUGUAGUGGGUGCUGUGCUUUGUACCAGUGAUGGUAAUGUGCAAGCAGCUAGCCUAGCUGCUGCCUAUGCCAAGGCUGCAAUGAAGCUGGGUGCCAAGGUGUUUGAUCAAUGCUCCGUGACUGGAAUCGACACAAAGGAUGGAUCUCGGUGUUCGCGUCGCGUUUGUGCUGUAAGAACCAGCCGUGGCAUUAUACAGACCAGCUGUGUGCUGAACUGUGCCGAGUCCCAUGCACCCCACAUUGGCCACCUGGCCGGUAUCCAGGUGCCACUCAUGGUGACCCGUAGUGGACGAGCAUUCUUUGACGGUGUUGAAGGCGUUUGCGGUCACGCCGACAUCGUUGACUGUGAUCACUCCGUUCAGAUGCUUGUCCAUGGUGACAGUGUAGCUUGCUAUGAAUGUGCCAGGGAGCCAGAGCUACGGGAACAGGCCUCUGGUUUCUCGAACAUGGAUACACCAAGCAACCUAGAGUAUGCACAGUCACUUGUGUCUGGGGAACUCUAUUCUAAGCAGCGAUUGCCGCGUUUGAAGAAGGCUGGUUUUCAAUUGGACUAUUGGCUUGAUACUGUCACCCCCGAUGGUCGGCCGCUGAUGGGUGAAUCACCAGAAGUGCGUGGGUUCUACCUCAGCUGUGGCUAUAACUCUAAUGAUGCAAUGCUCAGUGGUGGAUGUGGUCAGCAGAUUGCAGAGUGGAUUGUACACGGCAAGCCGAGCCUGGACAUGUUCAAAUACAGUAUCAGCCGGUUCAACCGCCUGUGCGUGGACAAUAAGACGUGGCUGAAAGAGCGCUGCCACGAGCAGUACUGCCAGAAGUACACGAUCAAGUACCCACAUCAUCAACCACUGGCGGGAAGGAACAUUAUCAAAGAUCCUCUUCACAAGGAGCUACUUGCGGCUGGUUGUGUCUUUGAGGAAUGCCAUGGCUGGGAGCGGCCAGCCUGGUUCAUGACCAACAAUAGAGUGUGCAAGAUGCUAGAAGUCGAGCAACCUGCAGAGGUAUUGUCGUACGACUAUGCUGGUACGUCGGGCCACACCCUGCACAAGGACUACAUGUAUCGCGACACUGCUCUCAAGCAUGAUCACGUCUUUGGCGAGCAACCGGGAUGUUAUGAAAUGAUAGCUGCGGAGAGCGAGUCGGCCCUCUCUCAGGACGCAGUCCUCUGCAACAAGUCCUCGCUGGGCAAGCUGCUGGUGUAUGGCAAGGACGCUGAGGCUGCAAUCAACUGGUUGUGUGCUGCGGAUGUUGGAGAAGAAGGACGUGUAGCGUUCUCGUGCAUGCUUAACAAGGAUGGUGGCGUGGAGGCGUAUGCGACUGUCACCCGCUUGUCAGCUGAUCUUGACAGCUCAAUCAUCGACGUUAAAGCGUUGGAGCGCACCGAUGAUGAGGAGGAGAGCACGGAUCGCGAUUCGUUCUAUGUGGUGUGCGAUGGAAAUAGCCUGACACACGUGCAAUGUCAUGUACGACGUGUGAUAGAGGACAAGUUGUUUGAUGCGCACGUGAAGGACUUGACUUUGGACGUAGGCAUUCUCUGUUUGGAAGGACCUAAUAGCUACCCCAUCAUGAAAGCAUUGCUGUCGUCGGACUCGCGCGGCACGUCCAAAGUUGACGAGUGGCAACAGCGGCCCAUAGCGGUUGGCGAUGAUCAUUGUCCUGCGCUGGUCAUGCAUAUAGGUACCCUGGGCCAUGAGAUACACGUGGCCAUGCCGGCACUUCUCAGCAUGUACACUCUCAUCAAGAAAGCAGCAGAGAGCAGCCAGCCGCACAUGGUGCAUGCUGGUUUCCGAGUCUUGAACUCCAUAGCAAUGGAAUGGAGCCAUUUUGUGUGGGGCGAGGACAUAGGCAGCAGCGACACGCCACGCGAAGCUGGCAUUGCCUACAGCUGCUCAACCGGCAAGGAAUACCUGGGCAAUGCUGCCAUUGCCAGACAGUCCUUGAAGAAGUGCGGCAUUAGUCGGCGCUGCAUUUCAGUGACAGUCGAUUCGAUUGUCAAUAUGCAGCUGCACGGCAAUGAAAUCCUACUGCGAGACGGUCAGUUUCUUGCUACACUGCGCCGCUCGGAGUAUUCCUAUUUCACCGACACGUGGCUAUCCCAGGUGUACAUACCCAAGGAUCCGACCCACAGCAUCUAUGACAGUGAGGUCAUCGACGAGGGAGAGUUUGAAAUUGAAUACAUGACCCAGCGUCACCCGGUGAGAACGUUUCUUAUCUCUCCGCUUCUGACCGACCUUCACCACUUCUAGCACCUGCACAGCAGUGCGUAUUGUCAUGAACUGAUUAGCAAAACGGCUCAGCAACUGUGGCAGACAUGUUUUCUCUUAAACAUCGUGUUCAGUUUUAGCCACUGCACACGGCUAAGCAUUCCAGGAAGGGUCGUUUAGGAAUGCAAUGAUGGGCAAACGAAUGUCUGAUGGCAAUGCACUACUGAGCAUGCGUUCUAUGAGGGGUCGUAGUUGUGAGCCGGUCUCCUAUAGUGCACACCAUUCUCUCUGGCCAGUCUGGGAGUGUGUUCAGCUGAGCAAGUACACUGUAUCAUGGUUUCGCAGUGAAAAUAUAUUUUCUUAAUUGCCCUGAUAGGUCAGUAGGACUCCACUGUAGCUACUUCAUAUUGUUUGUAGUAUCUUUAGAACACACUUGCUACUAUGCGUUGCAGGAAAUUCUGCACUGAACCUCGUUGACUUUUAACUACUCUACAAAGCCGACUUGCUUUCAAGCAUGACAACCAACAAUCAUUCGAUGUCAGAUGGCCCGGCGGGUGAUUACUGGUCAGCUCCAAUGAUCUAGCAUGUUGAGUUGAAUGUGGUACUUUUAGUUCCAUAUUAUGAAGCCACUCAGCCCACCGGUUGGAUCACAGUACGGCGGUGUAGAUCAUGCAGUGCGGAAUUAACCGUUCCUCGCUCAUCCGCUCCCCUCGGUCCGACGGUUCCUCGCUCAUCCGAUUGAACCGAUUCCCUCGGUUGGAGCUGCUUUUAGCAAAUUUACGGAAAAGCGUGAUUUUGAGAGGAGUAAAUGCAGUGCCUUGUGUACCCGGAAAUUUAUUCUCUUUCCACUCCACAGCGAAUACCGGAUGAGACGUAACGCCACUUGGAGCGGCCGACAGAUGAGGAGGCAUGUACACGGAUCCUAUAACCCAGAGCUCUUACGAAUCCUUGAGCCCAGGCAGUAAUGAACCGAGUAACUGUGAGCUACUUCGGCCCACAUACAUCUACAUGGACUGUGACAUGUGCAUACAAGUGCAUGUAUGUGUGUGUAUGUGCGUGUAGCACUUCUCCUUCUGCACUGACAUAGAAGUACGAGACGAGCACAAGUCAGUUUGAUGCCCGUUUAUCAUCUGGAUUGAAGAUUUAUGAUAGCUCUGGAGCCAGGCUCAUUUGUAUGUCUGAAUUAUUUCUCUUCAUUCGUUGGCUACUCCAAGCGGAGUUUCUCUCGUACUGUUCCGUCGUGAGUCGGAAUGGUAGGUCCUGCAGAUCCGCAUGAGAAAAGAAGUCAAUGCCAUUGCCAUUGGCACUGAAUGUGAAUGAUGUUGUUGGUGCCA